AUGAAAAAUAUGAGCAUUAAAUUAGACUUAGCUAGUAAUGAGUCUCCAGAAUUAGUUUUAGGAGAAUUAGCUGAUUAUAAUAAGAAAACAGUCUCUUUUUCAGAUACAUAUUUGUGGAGUAAUUUAAAAGAAGAUCUGUUUAAAUAUAACUAUAAUGAAAACUUAGAUAAAGCUAUUAACCUUGAAGAAGCUAUCAAUAUUGAAGUAACAGUAGAAAAAAAUUAUAGCGAUUUAAAUUUAUUAUAUGAUUCAAAUUUGGACAAAACAGACAAUAGUUUAAAUAAUAAUUUAGAUAUUGAUAGUUUAUCAAAAA